GACAGUGGCAAGAAGAUGUUCUUGAUGUAUGAGAUUCCAAAUCUAUUUUCCAUCCGAUGCUUGCCGGAGCUUGUACGGAACUGAUUCCUUUGUAAAUAUACAGCUGCUGCCUGAAGAAUGGAGGUCCACAACAGGCGGCCUUACUCAAGACUUAGCUUGAAGGAGGAGUUUGAUUUUGAUAUCAAUGACAUCAGCCGGGCCUCCACUCCAACCAGCACCAUGAGUUCAAAAUCUGAAGGGCGCAGACGAGAAAAAUCGCACAGGAGUCACUCAGUUGAUGAUUACAAACGCAAGAUUGCACGCCUGAAGAGUGAAUUGGAGGCAGAAAAAGCUCGGACCAAACAGAUUUAUCGAGAAAAAUCAUCCGAAAUUAAGUCUCUACAGGAGACUUAUAAGAAAGAAAAGGAAAAGGAGAUCAGUAAAUUAGAAGUGAAGCUAAGUCAGGAAAAACAGAAAGAAAUAGAAAUUAUACAGGAGAAUAUAGCCAAAAAGAAGGACAAAGAAUUACAAGAGGUGCUCAAAUACAAAGAAGAGGAGGUCAAAAAUCUCAGGGAAAAAUUUGAAGAGGAGAAAUCUAAGGCCCUUCAGUCAGUGGUGGAGUCAGAGAAAAAACAGUAUGAACAAAAUGCAGAAAAGAUGUCCAAGGAGAUUGAAAAGCUAAGGGAGGAGAAAAAGAAAAUUGAAGCCGAUUUCAAGAAAAAAUGCGAGGACCAAACACGCAAGGAAAAAGAGUUCUCAGAGGUCAAAGAGGGCUAUGAUGCAGAACUGCGAAAGAUACUCAACGAGUCCAAAAAAUUUGCAUUUGGGAAUUUACAAAAACUCAAAAAAGCUGAAAAGGCAUUAAGUGAGGGAAUAAUUUCAGAGGAUGAAGUAUUAUCUAUUACUGAAUCAAUUAGUCUUAGGGGAACUCCGUUUUCGGAGAUUUCUAAUCGCACUUCUAGUCGUCCCUUAGCCCUUCGAACGGCCGAGGAUUUAGAGAUUGAAAAAUACCUGGCUUCUGCCACCCCAUCUCCACACCCUGGAUCCACACCCCUGGGAAAGUCAACUCCUGGAUCUGUCUCUUUAGGAAGGUCAACUCCUGGAUCCGCACCCCUUGGAAAGACUUUUACAUUGGAUGGAAAAUCACCAUUUCGUUAUAUUACUGUUCAAGAAAAAACUGAUGAAGAGGACCAAAGCAAAGAGAAUCGAAGAUCGUCAGAAGAGAAAGACCGCCACCUUCAGAAAAGAAUUGCUGAGCUUCAGGCUCAGACACAAAGGCUCGAACGUAAAAUUGGUCUCCUAAAAACAGAAAAUGACUCGCUGAAACGACAAAAAGAUGACCAGAAACCUUUGGAAGAGAAAAUUAAAACACUGAAAAAACGCAAUGCGGAACUUGCAGCCAUUGCUAGACGUCUCGAAGAGAAAGCGAAGCAUCUCCAGCAAGAAAACAUGAAGAAGGUAAAAGAAGAGAUGAGUCCACCAGAAUCUGACCAUAUGAAGAAACUGUUUGCAAGGCAGAGGGCAAAAGAUCUCGCAGACCAUGCCAAAGCCAUGCUAGCAAAGGAUCGCGAGAUUGAGGAACUACGCAAAAAAUGUCAGGAAUUGGCAGAUACACUCAGCAAUGCCGACUUUCUUGGUCCAGAGAAUGUACAAAUGUAUGAAGAAAAGGAGGAACUAGUGACCAUUAUCAAGCAGGCAGCCAAAGAGAGGCUACAGAUGGAAAAACAACUGGCCAAGAUUAGACCAAAUGUGAGUCGCUUCUCAUUGUCGGCUCAGGCAGAUUUGAAGAAGUUGAAGGAGUUGGAAGCAACCAAUGAGACCUUGCAGAAGGAACUUGGAAAAUUAGAAAAGGCCAAAGACGACACUGAAAAACUUGAGAUAGAACUUACUCAGAAGAAAAUUGAGUGUGAGACCUUAGCAGAAGAAAUCAAAAGAGAAAAGCUAAGGAAUAAGGAGCUGGAAAGUGAUUUACAAGAGAGUGCAGCACAGAAUACCCAGCUUACUGUUCAGGUGUCAGACCUCCAACAUAGACUUCAGGACCUGGAAAAGGUUAGUGAGGAGUGUAACAUUUUACGGCUAAAUCUUUCUGAAGCCCAGCAUGAAUGUGACCAAGCCAGACACGAGCGAAGCACCCUCCAGGUCAAAGUAGGAAACCUUGAGGAAACCAUCAAAAAUCUAAAGGAAUCUGCAGAUCGUCUGCAGGAACUAGAGAAUGAGCAUCAGUCAACACUACAGCAAUUACAUGAUAAAAGUAACCAAAUCCAGUCAUUACAGCAGGCUCAACAGGAUGCCAAAGAGGAAUAUGAUAAAGCCCUGCACUCUCUAAAGGGUCGUGUUACUGAACUUCAGCAAAAGUGUCAUGAACAGGAUGAGAGACAUCAGGAACUGACACAAGAACUGACAACACUAAGAUCAGCAGCUGGCAAAAACAACUUCAAACACCCACCCAAUCAUAGUCCAUCUCAUUAUAAAGACUUAGCCAAUCACAGCCCAUCUUAUCCAGCCAAUCACAGUCCAUCCAAUCACAAAGAUUCAUCCAAUCAAAAGAGUUCCUUAGUUUCUAAUCAUUUUCAAGUUAAAGAGAACUUCCAGCAAUCAAAUGCAGGGCCUUUGACAGAAUCGAGUAGGUUUCCAGGAAAUGAUAAUAUUCAGGUGGACUCCACCAAGUCUCUAGACACAGGUUUUGCUGAUGAUGAAGAUUUAGACAAUUCAAAUAAUCCGUCCCCUGACCAAGCCAAACCCCCAGGGGAAUUUGAAGACCCAGAACUUUACGAAAUUGCCAAAAAAUUAAAAGAGCUGGAAGCUUCAGAUUCUGAAGAGGAUAAUUUAUGUGAAGAUCGAGGGGAAGACUCGGGGAUGGAUAGUCAGAAGGAGCAAAAGAUGCAAAUAAAUGCCGUAGAUGACAACCGCUUGUCCAUCCUUGCAAAGAAAGGUCCCAUUCAAGUGUUCCAGGCUAAAUACUCCUACGACCCGAUCCAGUAUUCACCCAAUGAGAAUCCAGAUGCGGAACUUCCAAUCAGUGCUGGCGACUAUGUUCUGGUCUAUGGAGAAAUGGAUGAGGAUGGUUUCUAUGAUGGGGAACUUCUGAAUGGUAAAAGAGGACUUGUGCCUUCAAACUUCAUAGAAAAAGUAUCAGAUGAAGAUCUUGCUGAAUUUCAUGCUGCCAUGUCAGAUGCUAAUCACCAUGAUGACGACAGUAUCAUUGGUAACAGCAUACAACAGGACCUGGACUAUGAUAGCAGUGAGGACGUCGGAGCUAAGGACUCCAGACGAAAAUCAGCAGAUCUGAAACCUACAUCUGACAAACUUUACCCACAAAUAAACCAAAGCAGCAGUCGUUCAAACAGCCGUCCAGCUAGUGACCAUGGUAGUGAUGUAGAUGACCUUGACCUCUUAGACAGUAGUAAAGCCUUGACCUCUAUAAGGGUACAGAGUCAGCCAUCAGAUUCAAUGUUGCCUUGUCCCAGAGAGCUGACCCUGGACAGACAGUUGACCAACAGUAUUGUUAUCAGCUGGAAACCACCACUUGACCACAACAAACUGGAUGUCAAGUCAUAUCAUGUUUAUGUUGAUGGAGUGUUCAAAUCCCUGGUGCGCAAAAAUGAGAGAACGAAAGCAUUACUGGAGAAUGUAGAUUCAAAGGAGGUCCAUAGAGUCAGUGUACGAUGUAACUCAAACAUGGGCCAGUCAGCUGACAGUCAGUGUACCAUGCUGGUGGGCAAAGAUGCCGUUCCUGCUCCUAGCGACCUGAAAGUUAGCGAAAUUACUUCUAACUCCGCCCAAAUCUCAUGGUUACCGGGUAACAGUAACUUAAGCCACACCCUAAGUGUUAACGGACGAGAUGUUCAAGUAGUCAAGCCAGGGCUAUGUGUUCAUACACUGACAGGGCUGGCCCCUGCCUCAGAACACAAGGUGUCGAUUUCUGCUGACAGCCUGUCCAGCAACAGGAAGGAUCACUUGUCAGCGUUUGUCGUCUUCAAAACAGCAUCUGGAGGUGUCCCAGAGCCUCCAUUAAAUGUCCAGGUAGAGGCUGGACCACAAGAAGGCACACUGCUGUUGACAUGGAUACCGGUUACCAUAGAUUCCUCUGGCUUCUCCAAUGGUGCAGUGGUAACUGGUUACAUGGUGUAUGCGGAUGGUAGAAGAGUGAAAGAGGCACAGGGUCCAACAAAUGACCACAUCAUUCUGAAUGCUGAUGAUUUCCAAGCCUUCAUUCCCAAACAACUGUUGGUCCGUACAGUGACUGCAGACAAAACAGAAUCUUCUAACUCGGACCCAAUCAAAUUACCCCACUCACUCAUACAGGAAAUCACAGAUGGGGCAGCCAAAAGGGUGACCAAGGACAUGCCAACUAAACAAACAGUCCAGACCUCAAUGCCCCUAAACUCAAUCGUACCAGAAAUUUCUGAGGGAGACGAAGACAUUGAUACUGUCAUAAAUCGCAUUGCGGCUGAAGCAGAACGCAACAUGAGUCCAGUGCUAGACAAUAUCGAAUACGACGAUGAUUUUAUCGAGGCUAGCAGCACCUCAGAGCUUUCUGACAUUCCAGAGGAGGUGGAGGAGGAAUUUUCCGAGGAGGUCCCUCAAGGGCCUCCCACUAAACUCAGCCCUCAACUGCUUAACGGUCAUGCAUCACUUGGCAAGAAUUCAGGUGCAAAGGCACUAACAGCAACAACUCCUCUCAGAUCUAAUGAAACAUCACCAAGGCAGACAAGGUCAUCUCCAAGGAUACCAGCAAUUGAAAUAACGAGGGACAGUGGCAGUGAGAGAGGGAAUUCUGUGGAUAUAUCAGAAGAGGAGUUGGACAUUUCUAAAUCUCCAGUCAAAACUAAGAGAACAGUGCCCCAUGGUCAUGUUCAGGAUGGUGCUAAGGGCCAACAUAGAAAUAUUUCCCCAGCCUCAACAAGUGCCAGUGUUUCUCCAAGUGAGGAGGUUGUUAGUAAUGGACGCCAUUCAAGGCAUUCCCGUGAGGCUUCACCUCAAAGGGACAGUCAUGUGACUAGUGACCUCAAACACAAAAAUGACAAAAAUAUGUCCAAUCACACCGCCACAGAUCCGCGGAGGAGGCUUUAUCCAGAAAGUCAUAUGUCUCCUAAAAACGGUGACGGUUCACAUCCAGAACAUGGAUCUGUCAAACCUCACAGGAGGAGUCCGGGUCACGGAAGUCCACGGAAUAGCCCCCAGAGGGGGAGUCCUCGGAGGGUGAGUCCUCAAGGAGAUCAUAGUCCACACAAGGAUUUAACGGACAGCAAGACUUACAGUGAUUCAAAUGCUAAUGAUGUGUCACAAGACUCCACCAUUUCUGACGGGAGGUUGGAUAAUAGCGGUGUUCAUCAUGUUCCACAGUUGGAUCUGUCAGACUGUGAUGACAGUGGAGAUGUGGAUUCCAUCAGUGGAGAAAUUAAUCCACCUAUUGAGGACAAUCGGAUUCGAUUGUUUGUGGCUUUGUUCGACUAUGACCCAGAAAGCAUGUCACCUAAUGUUGAAUGUCUGGAUGAAGAACUACCCUUCAAAGAAGGGCAGAUAAUCAAGAUUUAUGGUGAUAAAGAUGCUGAUGGUUUUUACCGGGGAGAGAGUAAUGGUCGAGUUGGCUUCGUGCCAUGUAACAUGGUGUCAGAAGUCCAAGUCGAGGACACAGAACUGGCAGAACAAUUACUCAAAGAGUCGCAGACGGGCUACAAUCCCAGCAUCCAUUUAUCCACAGAUAACUACAUGAAGCCUGCAGACCUUGGGAGUAGAUUGAGUCCUGCCAAAGUCUCCACAGUGACGUCCAGCACACAGGCCAGAAAAAUGGUGGCACUGUACGAUUACGAUCCACAAGAACUAUCUCCUAAUGUUGAUGCUGAGCUGGAGCUGGCCUUCAGAAGUGGUGACACAAUCAUGAUAUAUGGUGACAUGGAUGACGACGGAUUCUACAUGGGUGAACGCAAUGGUCAUCGAGGACUUGUCCCCUCCAAUUUCUUACAGGAGGCUCCCCUAAGUGACGACGAGGUCCUUGAGAGUGCCAGCAUUGUCUCCCCUGCCAGGUCAGGCGAGAGUCUCAGUAAUUUGUCGCGGCACUCUGACCUCACGGCGGACAAAACGCAGAAAGUGGGACUUGGCUCACAAUUGGACCAACAGCUAUCACAUGAUACAGUGAAUUCAGUAGCCAAUCAGAAUCUCCCUCCAUCGGAACAGAGACCCUCCUCUCCAGAGGACGUGAAGCAUAAAAAGAAGAGCUCUAGUCUUCUAUCCAAGGGCAAAAAUAUCUUUAAAAAACUCACUCGAUGAUGAAUGUUGAUGGCUUCUGCCAGGAAGUCAGCUUGUGUUGUCCUUACCUCGUCCAGUCCUGGAAAUGGAUGCUAAUGUAUGUGUGCAGAUUCUUUGACACUGAUUAAUUGUCAGUGUAUGAUGUUAAAAACUUCAGAUUAAGUGCCAUUUAUUUGCUGAAUAAGUUAUGUGACAUAUAGACUAGGAAAAAAGAAUCAUUUUGGAAAGAACUUGUCUCAGGUAUUUGAACUUCUCCCUCUUUUUCUGCCAGUAGUUUAUAUGCCAGUCAUAUGCUUUAAUCCAAUGUCUCUAGGACACUGAUAUUACCUACACAUUUUCUUGCAUUUUGUGUUGUACAAUUUGAACAUCAUUUAUACUUCUUCUGUCAUGUGACAGGAAGUAGCUGUCUUGAAUCAUGUGACUGGUUGUGAAUUUUUAUUUGUGAGUUAUGAUAAUAGAGAAUAAAGAAUGUUUGUUUUUGUAAAGCCAAAGAGUGAGAGAAAUGUAUAAGGGGAGAAAAAUCUUGAGUUUCUUGCCAGUUCUUGAUGUGUGUAAAUGUUAGCAUGUGGUACAUGUAAUCAAAAAAUGCUGCCAUAAUAUUUUUACUACAAGGAAGGUGUAUGCUGCAUUUUUUAUGUUUAAUGAUGUUAGAAAGUAAUGGACUUUAUUUUACAGUGCUUUGUUACCAUGUGAAAUGUCUGUGAUAAACCAGUUAUUGACUUGUACAGGUACUGUAUUCUCAGAAAUAUGUACCACAUUCCAAAAUCAGAUAUUGACUGUAUAUUCCAAGAAAAAUAGAAUUCCAUGCUUUUAUAAAUUUUAAAUGCAAUACUUAAUAGAGGAAGUCCAUUCCAGGUUUAUGUUUUAAAAAAAGGUAAUCAAAGUUUAUCUUUGAUUGUAUUUAAUGUUAAGGUGUACAAAUUAUGUUUAAUGCCAGACAUGAAAAAACUCUGAUAAUGGAAUUGUUCCCAUACUAUGUAUACUAGGUGCUAUUGUGUGUUGUGAUAUAUUUGAGUAAUCCAAUCUGUGCCUAUCUAGGUAUCAUACUAUGAAGUUGAUGAGGAGAAAAUUCACUAUGUCAGUUAAGUCAUUAAAUGCUCUUUUCUGUUUCAAAACAAUGUUUUUUCAUUAUUUGUAGUCAGCAGCCAGCGAAAAGGUAGAUUUAAUACUCCAGACAACAGUCAGUAAAUGAGCAUGAGUUAAUGCUUAUUGGUGUUAUUUUUUAAGGAUCAUUAACUUUUAAUUUGCAGAGAAAUUAUUGUGGAGAAUGAAAAUGUGAAGAAAAUAUUUAGUACACCCUUUGAUGAAAUAGAAUCUCAUGUUAUUAUAUAACGCUGAACACGAUCAUUUUCUAUGAUUCCCGUAAAUUACUGAUUAAAACAAUCUUAAGUACUUUGUUAUUCAGACGUACUUGAUAUUAUAUACAGGGCCUCGUAUGUUGUUGGGGCAGAUCUUAUUUAUUCAUGUAGAAAUGUGUAUGGUAUUGUACAACAUCCAAUGUAUUUAUUGUUAAGUUUUUGUAUGAAAUAGGACCAUAUGUGAUGUGAUUUCAGAAUAAAUUAUUUUUUGCAAGUA